AGUGGAUUUGGAUCAAACACAUGUGAACGUGGUCAGGAUGCUGCUGUCAUCUGUUCAGCUGUGUCCGUCAUUUUAACUGGAUCUGGAUCGACUCGAUGUUCUGGCAGAGUUGAAGUUUAUCACAAUAACAGCUGGGGAACAGUCUGUGAUGAUGGCUGGGGCUUAAAUGAUGCUGAGGUGGUUUGCAGACAGUUAAACUGUGGGUCGGCACUAGAGGCUCCUCGAUCAGCUCACUUUGGUGCAGGAACUGGACAGAUUUGGCUUGAUCAUGUGACCUGUUCAGGAAAUGAAAGUUCUCUAACUGAGUGUCAACACAGUGGAUUUGGAUCAAACAGAUGUGAACAUGGUCAGGAUGCUGCUGUCAUCUGUUCAGGUGAGAAAACUUUUAGAUAGAGAUGAUAUUGCAAAUUAGUCUGUUAUCUGAUCAGAUUGGCUGGGUCUGGAUCAACUCGAUGUUCUGGAAGAGUUGAAAUCUUUCACAAUAACAUCUGGGGAACAGUCUCUGAUUACAACUGGAACUUAAAUGAUGCUGAGGUGGUUUGCAGACAGUUAAAAUGUGGGACGGCACUAAAGAAUCCCGAAUUUGGUCACUUUGGUGCAGCAACUGGACAGAUUUGGCUCAGGGAUGUGACGUGUUCAGGAAAUGAAAGUUCUCUAACUGAAUGUCAACACUCAGGAUGGGGAAACAACUACUAUGGACAUUAUUUUGAUGUUGGUGUCAUCUGUUCAGGUAUGAUCAGAUUAGCUGGAUCAACUCGAUGUUCUGGCAGGGUUGAAGUUCAUCACAAUAACAGCUGGGGAACAGUCUGUGAUGAUGGCUGGGACUUAAAUGAUGCUGAGGUGGUUUGCAGAGAGUUAAACUGUGGCUGUGUCCGUCAUUUUAACUGGAUCUGGAUCGACUCGAUGUUCUGGCAGAGUUGA